CAGAUGCCGCGCGGGUUGGUGAGCCCGUGGAUGCUGACCUCCCAGCGCUUCUCGCCGUCCACCGUUAGGCCUAUCACUGACUUCUUGUACUUGUCUGUCACGAACACGUUCCGACCUGCACGACGAUAAACAAGACUAGAAAUCAUCGCAAUGGACGACAGUGGUGAGGAAGGUCACAUAGAUGAGGAGUUUCUAUGUUGCCCCAUCUGCACCGAGGAGUAUAACGACCCUCGGUCCCUGCCAUGUUUACACACCUUCUGCCAAAACUGUAUAGCAGACCACAUUGAUGCCAACACCAAAAGUGUACAGGUCCCUAAGGGUUUUGAGUGCCCUAAAUGUCACCAGUUUGUCGACUCCCCGAAUGUCCUGCAAGGCCCCAGUUCCUGGGCGGACUCCUUGCCACAGAACCAGUUCAUCAUGGGCCUCAUAGAAGCGGUGCGUCUGCGCAGCGAGGGCCGGAAGUGCGACCCGUGCGACAAGCGCGGCGAGGCCAGCAUGGCCACCACGUGGUGUGAGAACUGUGGAGAGGCGAUGUGUGAAGACUGUGAGAAUCACCACAGCAGUCUCAAAAUCUCCCGAACGCACACGUUGGUAGACAUCGCCAGUAUAAAGCUCCAGCCAAUCAAAAGCACACUGCUCAGGACGCCAUGUCAGGAGCACGACGGGAAGUUCCUAGACUUCUAUUGUGAGGAUCAUGUCCAGGUGAUAUGCUCGACGUGUGCUACCGGUUUUCAUAGGAUGUGUACUAGUAUCAUCAGCUCGCACGAGGCGGCCAGCAAGCAGCGGGACGAGGCAAAGGGCGUCAUGGAGAAGCUGGGACACCAGACCAUAUGGGGUACACGCAUCCUCGAGAACCGUAACCACACCAUACAAACACUUGAUGACGCCGCAAACAACGUGAAGAGGCAGAUAUCCAGCAUCCGGCAGCAGAUCAAUGAUAUUCUUACUGCUCAAGAGGAACGUGCACUCGUGCAGCUAGAGGAUCUGAGGAAGGGCGAACUCGUGCAUUUCCAGCGAGAGGUGGAACGGACACAGGACAUCGUGAACACCACAAAGAACGCGACAGUUGUCCUGCAAAACUCCAUGACUCACGGCACGGACGCGGACGUCCUCAUUACGUACAACAAAGCGAAGCGUGAGGCGCAUUAUUGCGAGCGGAGCCUGAAGGAGGUCUCAAGGCACCUCAAAGACGUCAUUUUGGCCUUCUCGCCCGACAAGAGCCUCCAGAUGUUUUUGGGAACGCUGAAGGAAAUGGGGAAGUUUUCAUUGUCACACCAAGAUGUUCGUAUACCUCCUCCAUACACAGUGCGCGCUGAUACCAUUCUGAUUCCGGAAGAUCCGGUAGUUGAAAAGCCAGAUUCUCUAGACGAUUCAAACUCCACCGGUUUUAACCAGAAGGAAAGGCGGAAAAAGAAAAAUCCCGUAAAUCCAGAUUUGAAGAUCUUUCCGCCUUCUCCUUCGAUAACACCUGUUCCACAAGGUAAAACCCGUAGUAAUAUCCCACAAGGUCGCCUGGAGGCAUAUUUCAAGGUAAGAACGGCACAGGACCGCGAUAACUGUUGCAUCACAGGGGCGGAAUGUCUUCAUGACGGCCGAAUCGUUCUAGCCGAUCAGGUUCACAGGAAAAUCAAGCUGUACGACCGCGAGUAUCGUUGGAUUGGGGAACGUGUGCUGUCCGCGCGACCUUUCGAUAUAGCAGCAAUUUCGCAAAGCGAGAUCGCGGUUACUCUGCCGCGAGAAAAGCGAUUUCUCUUGUUGCAAGUUCGCGAGACCGACAUAACCAUUCUUGCAGCGAUCCAAACCGGUGCAAAGUGCUGGGGCAUCUCCUACUCCAACUACAUGCUUGCCGUCUGUUGCUAUGACUCCCCACCCAGUGUGAAGCUCAUGUCACGUGACGGUCGCGAACUUAAAGUUAUCAGCAAGGACAAUGUUGGACACAAUAUCUUCUUCUUUCCCGAGUACGUGGUACUCGAUCGCACUGCCGGCUGCAUGUAUGUAACGGACCGUUAUAAGAAGACGGUCAUCGCACUGACGACGCAGGGUGAGAAAUUAUGGGAAGUCCGCUAUGACGGACUGAAGAUACCGAAGGGGAUCACGCUACAUGGCAACCGACUGUUUGUGGCCGGCAACAAGUCCCACAACGUUCUGAUGAUCAACACGGACGGCGAGAUCCUUGGUGACGUCAUCACUGACGGCGUCUCGAACCCUCACAAGCUGGUACUGGGGCCCGGCUCAGGUCGGAUGAUCGUUACGCAGUACAACAUAAGUCUCAUUGACGUGGAAAGAAAUACGAUCAAAGUGUUCACAAUGCCGUGGUAGAGACCGCUUUGUCGGUCGCAGUAGUCCUGUGACGUGACGUCUUAGCACGGACGAUGCUGAGCAGUUAGCGCAUUGUUCUUCUUUUGUAAUGUAUACGCUUGUUGAGGAACAUAACUUCUAGACAAUCUAUUUUUCGGGAUAUUAACGAUAAUAUUAUCGUAAAAUUUUGGUCGUUUUAUAUCAGCUAGCCAAACACACAUUGCCUUUGUAUAUAAACAUGAUUUAAACAUAUACAUUGUAUUAUUACUUUGUUUAAUCUCGCCAAGUCCUAGUAUAAGAUUGUCAACAUUUUGAACAAUAUAUCUUUGCUGUGACCUUUAAUAGUUGUUCAGUUGUUUUAUUUUGUCAAAAUAGAAAUGCUCAUCUCCAUUAAAUGUUUAAUGUCUUUUAUAAUUUGACAUAACGUUUUCGGUUCGUGUAUGCAAGUGUGCAGUCUUUUAAAAAAAAACAGAUAACAAGUGACGAAAAUACUGAACAAAGACAGAAAAACACGUGUAAUUUUUAACAAAACUCAGCACAAGUGCCGAAUCUUUUCAAUUUACAUAAGUGAUAUAUAGACAUGAACGGUCCACCCAGCCAUGUGCAACUAUGCAUUUGGGUUGCCGCUUGUUUAAAUAGACAUAAUUGAAUGAUUAAAACAGGUGUAAUAUAAUUUUCCUGGUUUGAGCGCAGCGAAAUAGAGGAAAACAUUUUUCCAUUGCAUACGAAAGUCCCCGGUAGGGGUCGCUCAGUGUAUUGUAUUGGCGGGUAAUUUUGCUCGUGGAAUAGCCAUUCGGCUUUGCGUAACUGACCAGUGAACAUGUUAAUUUUCCAAAUAUUUUAUUGGAUAUAAAAUAUAGACAAGUAUUCUAAUGAAAAUUAUUUUCUGCAGGAAUAUAGUCUGUUUUCUGUGUAAACUAUAUGAGCGUUAGUUCAUUUAUGAGUUAUGAAAUCUAUAUCAAUAUGUGAAUUGUUCAAAUUUGUUUGUUGUCGUACGUUAUA